AUCAUGGCCGCGGAUGUGGGUCAUUCGGCUUCAGUCAUGUGACAGGCUGUCUGACCAAUCAGCGCGCUGCCCGGUGAGCACUUCCGGUGGCGUUUCCUGUCAGUGUUUGUAAACUGAGAAAAAAUUGGAAGUGCGACAAGAAAUACUAAUCUGCAAAACUCUAAAAAUACAAAGGCUUUGGUCCCUGAUGAUUUGGGUGUGUGUGGUCUCUUCUGUUUACCCCUCAUCCUGAGUGAAGCCCCCUCUGUUCCCCCUCAAACACACACGCAUUCAAACCACGGCGAUGACACACCAUUCCAACAGCUCUGUUCGAGACCAUAUGAAAUGGGCUGGGUUGCUGGGCUGCGAGGCGGUGCUGUCCAGCAUGGCCCUCAUGCAAGCCAACAACAUCCCAGGCCAGAAGAGGAUGAUGUCAUCCUUGAGUCAAGGACACAGGGCCAGCCCAGAGAGUCACCAAACCCACUCUCAGCACAGUCACCAUGGGCACCAGGCUCACCAUGGACAAGCCCACCAGAGCCACGUGGGCCAUGCUUCAGGUGGUAGCUGUCCACCCCUGCUGAUCCGAAAAGACGGGGAUUAUCACUCCUCAAGACUGAUGGAUGGAAAGGACAUGCAGGCAAACCAGAAUUUGCAACCCAAGAAGAAGCACAAAAAAUCAGGCUCGUCCAACAAAGUUAAAGAGAAAGUGGAGCAUAUACUUCCACAAAUCGACAUGGAUGAUGACGACACAGACGACGACAGUUCAUUGAAAGUGCAGAAGAACUUCAUCUGUGACCACUGCUAUGGAGCUUUCCGGAGUAGCUACCACCUCAAGAGACAUAUACUCACACAUACAGGAGAAAAGCCAUUUGCGUGCGAUGCGUGUGAUAUGCGGUUCAUUCAGCGUUACCACCUGGACAGACACAAAAGGGUGCACAGCGGAGAGAAGCCAUACCAGUGUGACCGCUGCCAUCAGAGCUUCUCACGGACAGACAGGCUGCUGAGACACCGACGGCUAUGCACGGUUGGGAUAAGCAAAGAGGAAAACCAGUACUCACAGGACGCAUCUGCUCAUCCAGCUUCCUGGAGCCCCUUACAGCCUUCCAACAACCGUCUGACUGUCUGACCCUCAGCUUCCCACAGAGACACUACAGACAGACAACAGCUGUGUGCAGCUCAGUGACGUCACACAUUGAAGCUCAACAGUACUUUAACCUGAAAACAGUCUAGCUUAAACACAACCAAACCUAAGUUUGCUCUCGCCAGGAUUUUUGUACUUUGUUACAUUCAUGUUGCAAGCAAAAGAGAAAGGACUAAUUAACGAUUUUGGACAACAGGUCAUGAUAUUAUGGCAAUAACUAAAUAGACAACACACACUUCGACUUUUAUCUGAAAGGUUGCAGGUAUUUUUUUUGGUAUUGCUGCCAAGGGAUUGCAAAUAUUUUCAUUGACCAUUGAUGUAUCGUGCAGCACCUCUUAAAUGUCCUGUUGACCUGCAAUCGAGCCCAGUGCUGCCCUCUACUACAUAUGGACAGUUCACUAAAGGACACACAAAGAACUGUGUAGCGUUUUAGUGUUCACGUCCUACUCAUUUUGUGUCUUUUUCGCUACUAUCAUGUACCAGCUACCGCUCCUAAGCAAAAGAUCCCUGCAGACUUGUGGUCUGUGCUGCCUUGAGGUAGUAAUUAGCCACCUAUCCAAUACAGGUGUUGUGUGCGUGUGUGCGUGACACAUCUGAAACAUACUUUUUGAUAACACUGAUUUAAACAUGACAGGGGCUUAACAAAACUAGUCAUCCAUUUUUAUGUAUUUCAUGUCAAAAUUCAGCUUUUUCAACAUGGAAGUCUUAAAUCAAAAAUAUUUCUUACCUGCUAAUCAUCCAGUUGCAAAACUGAAAGAAUAACUGCAGGUGUCACCCUGACGGUGAUGAUGAAAAACACUAAAGGUUGACUAGAUGCUCCUGAAAUGUUACAUUUUAAACUAAUCUUGGUAUUAGUUAAGUUGUGUAGCGACUGUUGACUCGAAUGUUCACUGGUCUACCUUGUUUUAAAGGGGUUUUGUCCUGACUGUUAAUAGGGUACACUGUUGAAAUACAGUAGAAGGUGACACUCUUGAAUAUAGCUAGUUUUUUUUUUUAUAUAUAUAAUGUAAACUGGAUGUAGGAUAUAAUGUUAACUGGAUGUAGGAACCACCUGUCUGUUUCAAAAAUGAGGUAUUUCCUGACAUGCUUCUGUAAUAAGCUCCCCCUGAUAAACAUUUGUUGUCUCUUUGUUCCUAGAAGACACUGUCAGCCCUAUUUUUUUUCCUGCUCAGCGUUUAUAGAUUCUUCUGACUUUGAAAGACUUUCAAAAGUAUUUUGGACACUU